CCAAAACUUAACCACGUACUUUCGGCAUAGCAAGAGAAAAAGCAGUUUUUCAGCUCAUUGAGGCAUUGACACUAGGCAACUCCAUGUCUUUAUUUAUUUUAUUUUUGUAAUUUUUUGGAUAGGAAUCCUCAUAAAGAAAAAACUGUGUGUUUACACUGAUAUCGUUAAAUUGUAGAAGGCAAUACGCGUCAAAAUGUCUUCUGCAACCGUUCCAGCUCCGUUUGUGGUGGAGCAAAUGCAUCCCAUCAUUGUUCCUUCCUAUGCAGGGUGGUUUGACAUGUCUAAAAUUCACGAUAUUGAACGAAAAUCCAAUCCCGAGUUUUUUAACGGGAAAUCACCCUUAAAGAACCCAAGUGUGUAUAAAGAAUAUAGAGAUUUUAUGAUUAACACUUACCGUUUGGAGCCCACUGAGUAUUUGACUGUCACUGCUUGUCGGCGAAAUCUAGUUGGUGACGUGUGUGCCAUUAUUCGCGUUCAUGCAUUUUUAGAGCAAUGGGGUCUCAUCAAUUACCAAGUCGAUCCAGAAACAAGACCUCCCUUUCGACUCCCUCCCGUCUCUGGUCAUGUGCAAGCGAUCAACAACACGCCAAUUCUAACACAGGAAAUACUCUCUCAACAUGCACCCAAAAAAAGCGAAAACGAGAAACCUACGCCUGAUUUUCUAAAAGUAGAAGAACGCGUCUACGAUGCAAGAGAGGGGAAACUGGAAGUAAAAGAUGCUUCACUGGAGAACGAUCCACAAUCCGCUCUGCUUCUCCACAAGACUUGCUACUCUUGCGGUGUUGAUUGCUCGCAAGCAUGGUACCAUAAUCUGAAAAAUAAAGAGUACACUAUCUGCCCUCAUUGUUAUCAUCAGGGCCGUUUCGCAAACACUUAUACCUCCUCUGACUUUUUGUUUAUGGAAGGUGUCACUUUCGCCCAUGAUCGAGACGCACCAUGGACCGAGCAGGAAACGCUGUUGUUACUAGAGGGAAUUGAAGAAUACGAUGAUGAUUGGAACCAAAUUGCUCUUCAUGUCGGUACUCGUACAAAGGAGCAAUGUCUUGUUCAUUUCUUACGGUUACCGAUUGAGGAUCCUUAUAAGGAGGUUCAGCAGCCAGAUUAUGGUCCCUUUAAACAUGGAUUCUUACCAUUUAAAGAAACCGAAAAUCCCGUCUUGAGUACUUUAACCUUCUUAGCGUCUAUCGUACAACAACAAAGCAAACAAAAUCAAUCCACAGAUAUUUCAACCGAGAAGUGUUCCGAAGCUUCCGAAACGAAAAAUGAAGAAAGCGAUCUACCCUCUUCAAAUGCUUUAGAAACAGCUGCCCGAGCUGCAUUAAAUGCUGCGGGUGAAAAAUCAAGGAUCAUAGCUUCUUGCGAGCGCAGACACUUACGUCGUCUAGUCUUCCUCCUAAUUCAAUCUCAGCUUGAAAAAGUUGAAAUUAAAAUGAAGGUUUUAGAAGAGCUGGAAAAGUUCAGCUCUUUGGAACUUUCUGAAAUAGAUGUUCGUGCUAAAAAGCUGAUCCUUGAACGGCUUUCAACCAAGAAAAUGCUACUAGAAUUUGAUUCUAAAUUAAGAGAUGCCCGUAAUAUUGCUGGAGAGGAGGGGUUAAGAAUCUUAGACGAUAUGAUGAAUACUGAACAUGCAGAAGUGCCGCUUACCUUCGAAUUGCCAGACACCGGAAAUAUCUCUCCUUUAAGUGCUGAAAAUUUCGAAAAGUACCAUGCCAUUUCUUUGUAGUUAUAUAAAUAUCUUAUUUAAUUAAGCUUUUAAUAAAUCAAAAUUUUAAUUAUGCCGGGCA